AUGCCGUGCGCCUGGACGGCCGCGGAGGACGCUGUGCUCGAGUACUGCCGAGCACGAGUAGCCAAGGGUAAGGGCGACUGGCGCCAGGUCGCGGCGAAGAGGCUGCGAUCGAAGAGCCUACGUGCUAUUGCACUGCGGGCGCGUGCGCUAACGAAGAACCACACCAACUCGACUCGCGCAGAUGCGGACGGCGCGGCGGGUGAGAUGAACACAGAGCUCUUGUCGGCACCCGCGCCGUCGACCGGGUUAACCGGAUACAAGAAGCACAGCAUUCCAAGGAGCUGCAAAAGCCGCGGCUCCAAGGGGCGGCGGCAGGAGGAGGAGAGGCACUGCAGCCUCGCGACGCAGCUCACACGCGAGUACGCAACUGCGUGCAUCUUCGGUCGCGAGCGGCGCCGGCCCAUGCGCCGCGGCGUGGCUCACCGCGUGGGAGCGGGCGUGUUUCUGUCGUGCGAGGCGAGCUGCCUCGAGGCCGAUCCACCGCUCAAUCCACCGCUCCCGCCGCCUCCUCCCGCAGCCCCGACCAUGUGGGCGUUCGUCAAACCCGUGCUCAAGCCCAGCCGGCUGACGCCGACCGCCAAAGCGCUCGGCGUGGUCUCGCGAGCAGUGCCUGCUCACGAGGCCAAGCAGCUUGGCGCCGUCCCCGGUGAGGCCUCGGCCGCCGAGGAGCAAGGCGUCUGCAUCGUUUGCUUUGAAGACGACCCGGGCGUGACGAGGCUGCAUGCCGGAUGCGGCCAUCAGAUGUGCAUCACGUGCUGGCGCAGCUAUGCACUGGCCAGGAUGGAGGACCACACCUCGUGGUUGGACGCUUCGACCGCCAUGAUCCGCUGUGCCGAUCCCAACUGCGGGGUGGUGGCACCAGACUCGCUGCUCCGCGAGGUGAUGAAGCGGGGCGAGUACGAUGCUCUGCUGGCGAUGCGCUCCAACGCCCUGAUCCGAAGCCAACCCACGCUCUCAUAUUGCCCGAACGCCGCCUGCGUCUCGCUCGUCUGCACCACGCGCCCCGGUGACGACCAGCCUCGUUGCUUCGAGGCCGCGUGUGGCGCGUGCGGAGAGCGAUGGUGCCCGUCGUGCGGUGAGGAACCGCAUUGGCCGGCUACCUGCGCCGAGUGCCGCGUCUUCAAGUCGCGCCACGGAGACGGCGAUCGGCCGAUGCAGAUGCCGAGCGAAGGGAUCAAGCCGUGCCCCAACUGCCACGCCCCAAUCGAGAAGAAUGGGGGCUGCCUGCACAUGCGCUGCUGGCAGUGCCGCGCUGACUUUUGUUGGGCGUGCGGGCAGACGAACCACGCACGGGGAGGGACAUGGCACCCUUCAGGGGCGUGCACUCCCCACGCAUGGGAGCAGCAGAUCGCGGUGCGCCGUUUCUUCGAGUCGAGCGUCCCGCAAUUCGAAAAUCCGCUGCCGAUGGCCUUGAACUUCAUCGGGCUAAAGCAUGCCGCUGCGCAGCAGCUCUCGCUGAUUCGGCGCGCCGUUGCCGCUGGAGCACACGCGGGCAUUCGCAAUUGGGAGGUGGUUGGGCCGCUCGCGCCAAUCAUCCAGCGCGCGUGGGCGGCCAGGAGAAUCUCGGACGCGGCAAUCGUCCGCGUCACAGAGAUGGCUUACGAGAGCGCGAGAGCUCUGGCGAGCGCCUACAUCGCCCUCACCGUCGCAUCCGAGCGCACGAGCGAGCCGGUAAAGCGCGCUCGCCGAGCGGCACGUCGACUACUCACCUCGCCGGCGACACACACGUUCCGGGAGUGCGUGGAUCGGCUAACCGUCGCGUCCACCGAGCUGCAGCUCCUUUUCGGGCAGCAGUCGCCCGACAAUGAGCUGUGCCACCAGAGGGCAGGGGCGGCGCUUCAUGCAAUGAGGCAGCUGCAGCACGCUGCGGUCGAGUGGCGGAGGGCAUCGGCUGAUGAACGUUAG